AUGCAUGCCUCUCUAGCAGUGGCACUUACAUACGACCGCCACCUAAAUAAAUCAAUAAACUGUCAUCGCAGUCUGGAAGAGUGCUACCACUGGUCUCAAAGCACGACUCUGCUCAACAAGCGACUAGGAGAACCAAUCGAAGUAGGAGACAAAGAUCCAAUAUGGGGAACUGCCGCUGCUCUAGCCAUCCUAUCAUUCUCAUCCCCCAACGCUUGCACGCCAGAAGAAUCAUGGCCCAUGAAGCCAUCUGCUCCCUCGGAUUUGGACUGGGUACGCAUGAGCAAGGGAAAAAAUUCCCUGUGGCACAUCGUCGACCCGUUACGACCGGACAGUCUUUUCCACGUAAUGACGGAGACCUUUGCUAUGAUGUUUUCGCCCUUGCCUGAAAAUGGGAUUAAGGGUGUAUCAAGCGCCUUGGCUACUAUAUGUCUACUUGGAGAAUCAUCUACUGCGGAAAAUAAUCCUUAUUUCUAUGCCGCCCAUGCAAUAUCCCGGAUUCUGGAUAUCCCAGAUAGCGAGAUAUCAACGGGGAAUACUCAAAUAUUCAUACUUAGUAUCAAUGGAGGUUUCGAAGACCUGCUGCGAGCGAAGGAUCCGGUAGCACUACUAUUGCUAUAUCUAUGGUACCGCAAGGCAGGUCGCAGUAUUUGGUGGAUUGAACUCAGGGCCCGAGUGGAAUGCCCUUCCAUUUUCUUAUAUUUGCAAAAGUAUCACCAGAUGAAUCCUGCAGUGCACGAGUUCCUGCCUGGUGGCCGGGCUCUCGCUGCUCACUGA